GGAAGUGAAGUUAGAACCUUUGAAAAGAAUAGCCAAUCAUAGGACAACUUGUUAGAGGAAUACUCAACAAACACAGGACGAAAAUGAAGCUAAAAGUACAGAUGACGCCGAUGUUGAUGCUCGCGGGAGUUGCUCUGUGCAGCAUGCUGUUUGUCGUUCAAAGUGCUCCAGCACCAGAACAGGCAUCACAGGAUUCGCUACUGGUGCUUCCAGUAAUGCGUGAAACCGUUGGAUCGGAGCCGGUAGCCCCGUUUGAACCGAUCGAUCCAGUACCAGCUGCCAACGUUCGGAGCAAGCGAGCCAUAAUCUUCCGGCCGCUGUUCGUGUACCGGCAGCAGCAGAUCAAAAAGCAACAGGUUCUGGAUGGUUCUAACCCUCUGAAGACCAAUCCAGACAAGGCGGAUUUGAAUUACUACGCAGGACAACUACCAACGCGGCAGUAGGUUGUACACGAACGCGGAACCCUCGUACC